CACGACGGAGCUGCGUCUAGCCGAAAUUGCACCAGUUGCGGAUUUUCCUUAGUAUUUAAGUGCGAAAGGGCCGCGAUUAAUAUUAUCAUUGAUAUUAUCUUGGAAACUCGAACGUUACAGAGAGCUACGAAACCGUGAUUCAAUAUAAGAUCUUUGUAUCUCUGCGCAUUCUCAUAUUUGGAUCCCACAGUCUGUUUCAGACGGUCAGGAACCGAAGACUGCACGAUAGCGAGGACGCCAGACAAGAUGGUGCUUUGCUGUGGGCUUGUGACUCUGCAAAAAGACCCAGUGCCUCUGAAGUCGAUAUCAGUGGAGGUCCGUGUGCGGGGCUUUGUGGCAGAUGUCUCCUCCACACUGCAAUAUAAGAACAAGGAGUCCAGUCCAGUGGAGGCUGUCUUUGUGUUUCCAAUGGAAGGCAGCUCAGCUGUCUAUCGCUUCACUGCCCGAAUUGGGGGGGUGGAGAUUGAGGCAGAGGUUCGAGAUAAACAGGAGGCUCGGGAGCAGUACGACGAUGCCUUGAGCUCCGGGCUGCAGGCCUUCCUCCUGGAGGAGAGCGACGAGAGCCCUGAUGUGUUCCGGCUCAGCGUAGGCAGCCUGGCCCCGGGGGAGAGUGCCUCUGUCAGUCUGUUCUACGUCACCGAGCUGCCCGUGCAGGAGGACGCGGCUCUGCGGUUCUGUCUGCCUGCUGUGCUCAACCCCCGCUACACUUCUGUGGGCAGUGCCAGUAUAACAGCAGAUUUGCCCUGUGCUUCUGGGGGAUCUGUGCCUUACAGCCUGUCUCUCAGUGCCCAUAUCACCUCCCCCAGUGCCAUUGACAGGGUGCAGUGCAGCUGCCCAAUCAGCCCACUGGAAUACCUUACCCAGGACAAGACCCAGGCCAAGCUCAGUCUGUCUCCAGGUCAUAAGUUUGAUCGGGAUGUGGAGCUGUUGGUCUACUAUUGUCAUGCCCACCAGCCUACUGCCAUCCUCGAGGCUGGGUUACCAUUUGCUCCUCCUGCAAGGACAUCUCUACCGACAAGACAGAUCCCAUCUGGACAAACCAGGCACCAAUCCUCUCGGCACAAGGAUCUGCAAGGAAAUCCAGAAGGUACAUUGAUGGCAGAUCCUAUGUUGAUGCUCAGCCUGUUCCCAGAAUUCCAUAUUGCAGAGACAACUCUGUCCUCCAACGGAGAAUUUAUUUUCCUGAUGGACUGCUCAGGCAGCAUGCAGAAUCCCAUGGACAGGGAAUCUGGAGCACAGCAGCGCAUAGAGAGUGCCAGGGAUACACUGGUGCUCCUGUUAAAGAGCCUCCCUCUGGGCUGCCACUUUAAUAUCUACAGCUUUGGAUCUCAGUACGAGUCCUUCUUCCCGGAGAGUGUGGAGUAUACUCAGGACUCCAUGGAGUCAGCGCUGAAAAAAGUGAUGGUAAUGCAGGCUGAUAUGGGAGGAACUGAGAUUCUUUUUCCAUUGAGAGAAAUCUACAAGCAACCCUGCCAAGCAGCACAUCCCCGACAGCUCUUUGUGUUCACCGACGGAGAAGUGAGCAACACUAAAGAAGUGAUUGACCUUGUGAGGAGUCAUGCUUUCUCUCACAGGUGCUUUACCUUUGGGAUUGGGGAAGGGGCCUCCAGCUCCUUGAUCACAGGCAUGGCCAGAGCAGGGUCAGGACACCCCCAGUUCAUCACUGGAACAGACCGACUGCAGUCCAAGGUCAGAGACAAUCUGAGAGACGUGAAGAGCUUAGACUGCCAUGAGUGUCCUAUUGACUCAGCCAGUAAGGGCACCUGCUUAUUGUCCUUGUUGAGUUCUAUAGCUUAGACUUCUGCAGUUUGAGCCUGGGCUGUGUCUUGAAUUCCCCAGGGAUAUGCUUGAUAUGCUUGGGGUGAGCACCACCAUGCGCUCCAGGUCUUUGCAGGCACUUGAGAGUUGAUUGAGGCAUAAUUCAGGGAAACAUCCCACCUCCAAUCUGCGCUGACUCCUUUAAUGCACUAUAGACCUUGCAGUGUGUGUAACAGGAGCUAGUUAAGAAGUUCAUACCCAAUCCAUGUUUCUUCCAUGAUGGUGUGGAUGUUGGACUGAUAAAUUCAACAUUAACAGUGUGUGUAGCAGACAAAAGAAACAUGCAAGGCACAGUCCAGACUAACAAAGCAAGGUUUAAGUCCAGGAGGGCUCUUUAAUGAAACACAGGGUGAAUUC